AUGAGGCAUACUCGAUUACUCAUAUUUCUAAUCUGUUUUAUUGAAUAUAUCCUUGCAUUUAAGGAUCUAAGAGAUCUGGAGCUAGAUAACUAAAUUUUUCAUUCUUUAGAGAAUUCUUAAUAACAAAAUGAUGGUAUUACUAAUAAAAAAAAGUUUGAUUUUAUAUAUUUUAAUGAUCAAUUUAAAAACCACACUUAUAAUUAAGAAGACAUUCUACUGUAAAAACCUAAAGAGAUGCUUACUGAAUCAAUAACUUGCAAUGUAUAAACAACUCCUAUUAAGGAAAUUGUUUGUGACUAAAAUAGCUGCACUUCGAAAAAUGAUAAAUUAAUUUAAGUAGAUAUUAGCUAAUUGAAGAUUUUUUCUGUGUGCCUUACAUCAUAGCAAUCAGUUAUUGAUUUGAGCAAUAUUCAAUUCAUAAUUUCGUUAACCUAAGAGACUACAAUAAUUUUACAAGCUAAUACAGUUAAGUUAUUCAAUUUUAACAUAAAUACUAAUUCCAUUUAGCAAAUUAAUUUAAAUAUAGUCUCAUAUGAUUAAAUGAUACUUAAUAACUUCUAAGUUGCCUCAUUAACAAAAAUAAACCUUGUCUCUAAUAAUGAAAUAAAAUUAGAUAAUAUAACAAUUUACAGUUAAAAGGUCAGCAUAGCAAGUGGAUCCGACUUUAUCUAGAGUUCCUCAGCUUUGAUUGGUAUAUUAAACUCUUUUGAUCUGGUUUCUGGAAAUGAUAUAAUACUUAAUAAAUUUUGGUUAGGCUCUUUAGUACUUCCAAUUAAAAGAUAAAGUGACCAGCAAUAAAAUGAAAACUCAUUUAUAAAUAUAAUAAGCACAAAUAUUAUAAAAUUUACUAAUAAGUCUGAAAUUGGUGUAAAAAACACAAUCAUAAAUUUAUAAGCAAAUCAAAUAAUAAUUUCUGAGUCCGAAAUUGAAACACAGAGCGAACUGACAAUCAAAGCUUUAGAUUUAGUAGAUAUUAAUUAGUCAGUAAUAAACAGCAAAUUUGCAUAUAUUUAUAAUUCAAUGCUAACUUAAACAUCAUCUAAUAAUAGCAUAUUAAUAAAUAGCACAGAAAUUAACACUUCAGGUAGGAUGUGUAAAACCUCCUGUGGCAAUUAAUAAAAUUUCAAACUAAACUAAUUAAAUAAUUAAUGCAAACUUUAAGAAUAUUUUCCUUACAUAAGUUUGCUCAGAGACUCUGCUAAUGGCUAGUUCCAGGUAAGUUAUACACUUCAUACCUACGGUUUGAUUUAAUAUUAAGAUUUGAUAUAAAUUAUGAAAAAAAAUUAUACUGCUAUUAUUUUUUCUUUGGGCACUCUUGAAAUUAAGGACAAAUCUACUAUAAUAGCAAGUAAUUUAGGCAUUUAUGCAACAUAAAUUACCUUAGAAAAAAAAUCUGUUUUAUCAAGUCAAUAAAUGGGAUGCUAAGGCACUAAAGGCUUGGGUGGAGGUAUAAUAGAUAUUGUAAUGAGGAUAAAUUUAAAAUGUGGAGGACCUGGAGGCUCACAUGGUUCACCAGGUGGCUCUCCCAUAUCAGAAUAAGAUGAAUACAAUUAGUUGUGUAGUUAAAUUGGAAGCUAAUCUAUAUAUGGCAAUAAAAAUGAUCCUAUAUUUGAAGGAAGUGGAGGUGGAGGUUAUGUUGUGCCACCAAUCAGUAAUGAUUUCAAAAGUAAUGAUGGUGAACAUCUUUCUUAUACAGAAUAGUAUGCAGGAUCAGGAGGAGGAGUUAUUUAUAUAGAGGCAUUUAAUAUUACACUUGAUGGAGUAGUUGAUGCAUCAGGAGGAUAACCAAAAGAAGAAUAUUCAUACUUAGGAUCAGGUUCUGGAGGAUCUAUUUAGAUUCACACAUAGUGGAUGGUUGGAAGUGGAUCUGUCAAAGCCAAUGGUGGUGAUAGAAAUUAAUAAGGAGGUGAAGGAGGAGGUGGAAGAAUAAAAAUAAAUAUGACUAACUGGUACUAAAUGAGCAACACUUAAAUAAAAGAUAUGAGCAAUUAAAAUAAUGUUUAAAUACAUGUAAGAUAAGGCUUACCAAAAUAAGACUAGAAAGCAGUGUUGGAUAAAAAUUAUUUUUAUUAGAAUGGUUCUUUUAUUGCCACACCAUGCUAACCUGGCUAUCAGCCUAAAUAUGGAUACUUUGUAUGUGAAUAGUGCCCUUAUGGAUUUUAUAAAAAUUCAUUCAAUUUAGAGCAGUGUCGCCCUUGUUUAAACAGUGAAAAUAGCAGAUUCGACUUUUAAGUUGAUGCUAUAUAGACUAGUUCCUCGUGUCAAUAUACUUGCUAAAAAGGGUAUUAAAAUAAAAUGGUCAAUCACAUCAAAGCUUGUAUUACAAAUGGAGAGCUUUUUGUAGAUUCUCUAGGAGGAAGUAGUAUAAUCUUCUUUGUAGUUCUCUUAAUUCUGUCUAUUUUACUCAAUUUAGUAGUAAUCUGCGUUACCAAAAGAUUGAAUAUGCAAAAAAAGAUGCAAAAAUCCAUCAUUUCUUCAAAUUAAGUUGAUAAAAGUAAGGUGAGACUGACGAUUGAAGAUCUCCCUUUUCAUUUUUAAAGAUUUUAUAUUGAAGGUGAAAAUACUCACAACAAGCCUUGGGUUGUUAAUGAUUAAGUGAAGUCUGACAUAAUUUAAAUUAUCCUUUCUGGAUAUAGGUCUAUUGAAUAGUCUGAUUUAGAUCAAUUAGGGCUUUUAAGACAAAAUCACUAAGAAGGAAAGAAUAGUAAUGAUAGUGGAUUUGUAACAUACUAUGAUUAUUCUAAUAAUUAUAGCUAUGAUAUUGAGCUGUCUCAUGAUUAUUAACAAAACAGUGCUCACAAUACAUGUUAAAAAACUUAAAAAUUUACAUCUAUUUGGGAUUAAAUCAAAAAAGCUUUUUCAUAUUCUAAAUGGGAAAAGUUUAUUUUAACAGUUUUAAAAUAUUUAUACCCUUAUGGCUACUACAUUCAAGGUGAUGUUUACAAGAAACAAAAGUGGAAAAAAAUGAAAAAAAUUAUGAAAAAAUUCUAAUCAGAUUUAAAGUUGAAAAAUAGCUCAAUAAGGGUCAAAUUUUCAUGUACAUCAUGUUAUUGUUAGGCCUACUUUGAUAUAGUAGAUUAUACCAAAACAGAGCUUUAGUGGGAUAUUGAGUCUAAGAUGCCGUUGUGCUUGCUACUAUAGGGGAAAGGAUCAUUCAUGAGUCCAUUUUACUUGAAUAACCGUGAUCCUUUAUUUGUUUUGCUAAUCACUUAUUUGAAAUCAAAAAUAGACCUAAAUUAUUUAAAAUGUGGAGAAAUGAAUUCUCAUAAUAAUACCGAUAAAAAUAAUAUUUUUAAGGAGUGGGAAUUUAAUACUGAGUAACAAGAUAUCUAGAAUAAAAUUUAAAGUUAAGAUUAACUUAAUGAUUAAGUAGAAGAGACAGAUUAGCUUGAUAAUGAAUAAAUAAUCAGAAGAAAGAGAAAGAUUUCAUAAAUUGCCAGUUCUCUUUUAUCGAGAACUUCUACUUUAAUAAAAAAUAGAUAAAUGUCAAAAUUUGGGUCUUUUGAAAUGGUUGAUGUAGAUAAAGAUCAUGCAGAAUGCGACUUGAGCAAAUCAGAAGAGUCAGAAUAAACAUUUUGCUAAUAUAAUUUAGAGGAAGAGGAAGAUCUUUCUUAUCAAUUAAUUCUUCUAGUUGAGUGCUUCUUCAAUAAAUUAAAUACUUACUCUAGAACAAUAUGUUACUCUUUAGAAUUCAGUGAAUUUAGAAGAAGAUUCAUGAGAUUCAUGAAAUUUAUAUCAGAUCAUCAAGACAUCUUUGAAAUAUUCGACAUGUAUAUAUAAGUCAACAUUCAUAAAAUUCAAAAAGAAGAACCAAAAUAAGAAAAUGAUAAGCUUGAAGAAAAGAAAAUAUUUUUUAAUAAUUUUUAAGUAUUCGAAGAAGAAUACUCUAGUGUAAUUAUCCUUCCUUAAAAAAUUAUACCUGGCUCAGUAGGUGAAAAGCAACUAGAAACCCUUCUUUAAAAAACUUAUGAGCGUAAAAGAUAGUAUAAUGAUUUUGAAUAUAAGAUUUCACUGAUAUUUUCUAAAGAAAAAAUUUAUGAAUUCAAUAAGCAGUAUGUUUAAAAGAUGCCAACAAUUAAUAAAUAGCUUUAGUGGAUUUGCUAAUCCAAAAAAAAUUAAGUUAAAAUUCUGAUACAGCAUGCCGAAUAAGAGAACCAGUUUUAAGAGCUAAAUUAAAACUAAGACAAAACAAAAAAGAAUAUUGAUUCUUCACAAUCAAAGAUGGAAGAAACAUUCGAUUCUAAUUAUGAAGUGUACGAGCUUAAAGGUUUACCUGAUGAAGUCGUUGUAGUUGAUUAUAGAAAAACUCCUUAAUUUGAAAGAGCAAGCUCUUCAUCAAAAAAUAAUUCUUAUUGCUCAAAGUAUAACAGGGGAUCAACAUUUGGUAAAUCGUUUAACGGCUCUGAUUCAUAGGCUUAAAAUGCAAAGCACAAUGAGUAGCGCUUUUUUUUGAAUUAAAGUGUUAAAGAAGAAAUAGAAGAAGAAAAUAAAGAUGAAAAAGAAAAUAUGGAGUAAUAUAAUGGGGAAUUAAACUUAGAAUCUGGUGUUGAAUAAAAUAAUGGCUUUAAAUAAAACAUAAAAAAAAUAAUUAAUAAAAUAAUACUUUUGUUCAGUUUAUUUAAAGCCAGUGUGUUGACCUACAGAAUUGUAGAAUAUAAAAUAUUGAACAACAACUUUUUUUUAAGAACAAUACUCUGCCUAUUUAUUUUAUCAAAGCUGACAUUUUUCUGGUUUGUGCACAUCAGACCUUUUGGCUCUAUUAUAUCUGGUGAUACUACAGUUUAUGAUAAUAUCGUGAUAACAAUACAAGCUUCUGUUUAUCCAUUAUCUUCAAUUUUAUCAGCAUUCUACCAAAUCGUCUGGAUUCUUAAGCAAGAUUAAAAUAGUGGAAAGCUGUGUAUGAUCCUUAAUACCAUGGAAAUAUUUGCUUUGAUAAUAGUUAUACCAUUAUAAAUACCUCAAGUUCUCCUACACUAUGCUAUUUAUUAGAAUUUUAUUUUAAACUUAGCAUAUCUGUUUUCUAAUUUGAUUUAAGGAUAUUUAGGUAGUAUUUAUCUUUUACAAAAUUAAGAAAAAUAAAUAUAACUUUGUGAUGGAUAUUGA